AUGAAGAGACAAUGGGAGCCCUCUGAGAAGUCGAAGAAGUCUAAGAAAGCAAAUCUGGGGGAACCUUCUAUAUCCAGACCUCCUGUCCCUCGGGUCUCUUCCUCCGCAUCUCCAAGUAAGUCUCUGCCUCCUAACUCUCCGUCUUUUCAAUUAAGGCAACUUGCUUCUUCCCUUCCUCAAACCUCACUAAUAUACACACACUCUGAACCCUCACCCUCCACCACCAAACCCUCUGAAACACAUACCUCUAACCCACCAUCACCCCUUCUACAAAAAUUUAACCUCACCACCAUAACCUUGCCCAUGUCUGAAGCUGAAAUAUUCAAUGAACCUAUAUCACCACCUUCUUCAACACCUUCAUCCCCACCUUACUACACCAUAUCCUCUGACUCAGAGCCAUCCGACCCCCAAUCUCCCACUCUGGCUCAACUUCAGGCUUGUGCCCUCUCCAUACACAACCAAGCUAAACCAGAAACUAACAUUCCAUCACCCUCUGAACAACCACCAACACCUCCAUCUGAACCACCCACCGAAACUCCCUCUGAAAACCCCAUCAUUCAUAACUCUAAACCUCCCAUUGAAACAACCCCUUCACCAUCAGCACCUACAUCUCCUAUCUCUAAACCAGAACCUACCUUUCUCACCCUAGAAGAAGCAAUAACCUUAUUUGUUGAGUCUUUAAUGGAGAAUAUCAUAUCAUUAUCUGAGAACUCUGAGGAGGCUGUUGCUGAAGCUGAAGCAAAAGCAAAAUCUGAUGUUGAAGCAGCAACACGCAUAUCUGCAGAAGAAGCUGCAAAGGAAAGGGAUGAUGCUCUGACUCAGGGGGAGCAAUCUCAUUCUAAUUUCUCUCCUCUCGUCCUAAAGACUCUGGAAGAGCUAUAG